AAAAAUCCCUUCUUUGUUUGUUUCCAGGGCUAAGACAAAUCUGAGAUUCUCCUCUGUUUUAAUGUCCUAAGGAGAUUCGUUUCUUCCUUAACAAAACCCCUCUUCUGUUACUCUCUGUUACUACCAUCUCCGUAUCUCUAAGCUGUUGUUGUCUUAACCCAAUCAUCAAAAAUCAUCCUUUUUGUAUAAAUCUCAAUUUCUUCAAUUCUCCAUGUACUUUUCUUCUGUAUCACUCUGAUACGGAUGCAUAAGAUGUGCCAUGAAACUCUCAACGUCUCUCCGGCAGAGUCUGGAGUUACGUUCAAUGAGUUAGACCACGUCCCCUUGACGACAAGGCGGAGUUUGUUGCAAUCUAACUCUGUUUCUUUGCCUGCAUCGAGGGUUGUUGAUAGUAUCGUGAAAACGGAAGAGGAUUGUUUUAAUGAGCUGGGUGUAGUAUCAAACUCCCAAACUCCGGAAUCUACUACCCUUGGUUGUAGUCAAGGUCUAAUUGAUUCUGGAAACUUAAGAGAACAGAACAGCAUUCUAGUAUGUUGUAGUAAUGCCGAAGAGAGUUUUGAAAGAGUGGAACAAACUGCAGGGAGUGAUGAUGCUCUUGAACAUCUAACACUAAAAGAGAGACGCAAAUUGCUUCUAGAAAGGAUGGUGUUAAGGCUGCCAGAACCUAACUUAGAGGAUAACACUAAAGAUUCUGAUCUUUUCGAAAUAAAAGCUGAGAAUUCAUGCAAAAAUGGGAUAGCUUCAUCUUCUGAGGCCAGAUUCAGCGGGUUUCUAGAGAAAAUUGAUUCUUUCCUCUAUAAGAAAGUUAGUAUAGGCUCAAAAUCUGAAAGUCAGCUUAGUGGAAUCCAAGAGAACGAUAUCCCGGUUGCUAACAAAAGGUCCUUUGAGUCGUCACCUGAAGCCAGUCUGCAUGAGUUAUCCAAUAGUGAUUAUGACCAGUCUCCAUUAAGUAGCAACUGUUAUGCAGCUGCACCAGAAAAGCAGAGAGAUAGAGUCAAAAGAGUUAAAAGGAAUCCACGUCCUUUGAAUGUUAGUGAGAUACAGUUGAAUCAAGAAAAAUGUGAGUCUUUAGAUGAUUGCGUCUUGGAGAAUAAUGAAGAGAGAAAUCCUGUUACCUCAGAGCAAGUACAGGUCAAAAGAGAGGUGGAAACAAAUGAUGAAGAUGAGCUAGAUUUUGUGAAUUUGAUCUCUCGCUUGACUCGUUGUACAUCUGCUCCAAGUCCUGCUAGCUUUGUGAAAAACGAAGCAGAGACGGCUAGUGAAUUGGAAGAAGAUAAGAUAGACCACAUGAAACUAAUUGAUCGGUUAAAGCAUCAUCGAUCUUCUCAUGGUUCAGGUCAUCAUGAAGAAUCUAGUUCUCCAACCUCAGGUUUUAGCUUCUGUACAUCUGAUGAAUACGUUAAACCUUUGAGGGUAUCACGUCCUUGGAAGCGAAAGAAAACCGCCACGAACUCAAUUGAGACAGCUCUGGAGGAAGAUGCUCCUGGUCUUUUGCAGGUACUGAUUAAACAAGGAGUAACAGUAGAUGAACUCAGGCUUUAUGGGGAGGAUGAUUCUUCAGAUGAUUCACUUCUGGAAGAGACCUUCUCAGAGCUGGAAGAUGUGAUCUCACAGCUCUACUUCAAACGAGCAACUGGCCCUAAACUUCUUAAUUUAAGUUUCUCAAAAGAUUCAAGAACCAGCUAUUGCUUAACCUGCCUAUUCUCCCUCAUAGAACAGGCACGGUAUCUGCGGUUUCGCAAAUGGCCUGUUGAAUGGGGUUGGUGCCGUGAUCUCCAGUCUUUCAUAUUCGUUUUCGAGAGACAUAACCGGAUAGUAAUGGAACGGCCUGAAUAUGGCUACGCAACAUACUUCUUCGAACUCAGCAACACUGCAUCAGUCGGAUGGCAGAUUAAACGGUUAGUCUUGGCCAUGAAACUUGCAAGCUGUGGCCGUUAUCAACUUAUUGAAAACAAGCCAUUACUGGUAGGAGAGGAUAUGACAGAAGGGGAAGCGGAAGUGUUGAUGAAGUACGGUUGGGUUGCGAACACGGGUCUAGGGACAAUGUUAAACUACCGUGAUAGAGUGUUCCAUGACAGGAAGAAUCAUAAAGAGACAUCAGAAUGGAAGUCUAAGAUAUGUAAGCUUCUGGUUGAUGGCUAUAACAGUGGGACUAUUGUCUCAACUUUCAUUGCUCACUCUGAUGAUGUUGGUGAUCAUGAUGAUGAUGGUGCCGGACUUGACAUGGGAGAUGUUAAGCUGGAGAGUUACUGAAAACUUUGUGAAUCUCUGCUGUGGUGGCCACUAGUUUGUUUAAGAGUAUUCAAAUGUGGAUAGGAAACCUUAGGUUGUUUAUUUAUUUGAUCAAAUUAAAUUUGGUGGAGUUUGUAAGGUUUAUCAAAAAUAUACAAGAUGGAAAAAACAAGCUCUCUAAGGAGAAGCUCCAUUUUUUGCUGCGGUUGUCACUGUAGUCUAUAGGUUUGUGGUGGCCAAGGAGAAGCCCAAUGCCAUGUUAUGUAAAAGUAUAAAUCGUGGUCAUAUAGGCCUAUUGAUAUUCAGGCAAAAUCAUGUGGACUUUAUCGUUACACAAAGAUGCUGGCCGUGUAGAGGACUCGAGAGGAUUUUACUUUGGUGCGUGGGGGCGAGAAAAGGUCUCAUCACAUUAAGAGAAAUUUUAUGUAGCC